UUAAAUAUUAGUAGUUGCUUAUAUUGCGGCGAAACUCGAAAACAAUAGACGGAACAAAUAAAGUACGAAACCAUCUCCAUCACAUUAGAAUAGAUCCAAUUUUUCAUUCUCAAAACAAUAGAACUGCCAAUAGAUCUCUGAUCCAGAAGCAACAUUUGCAGUCAAAAAUUCACUUUCAAAGAGAUCUUAUAUAAGUACAAUUCCAUCCAUUGACAUGGCCAGUCACCCCUGCUCAGGAGCAGAUCCGGUAGUUACUGUAGAUGUUCAUGCAGCUCGUCAUUUCCUCCGCUCUGGCCACCGCUAUCUUGACGUUAGAUUUCAGAUUUGGGUUUCAUGCAAUUUGAACAGGACAGAAGAAGAAUUCAAGAAAGGACAUGUAGAAAACUCUUUGAAUAUUCCCUAUAUGUUUAAUACUCCCCAAGGUAGAGUGAAGAAUCCAAAUUUUUUGGAGCAAGUAUCUGCCGCUUGCGGCAAGGAAGAAAAGCUAGUUGUGGGAUGUCAAAGUGGUGUGAGGUCGCUGCACGCAACUACUGAUCUUCUUAUUGCUUUGUAGAAAUAAGAUUUUAGUCACCACCUUGAAGUUGACCUCUUCCGGCGGAACUUUUUGAUGCCAAAACGCAUUACAUUGUGCUCGGCUGCCAGGAAGUUUUAUGUCUACCUCACCAAAUGGUUGCAAAAGGCUUGCUUCUCACUCGGCAUUUUUUUGAAAAAUUUGCAAAAAGUCGUACAAUAAAUUGCGAGAGAUGAACAAAAAUCCAUGGUAGUGGACCAGUAAUUCUAAGUUUGGAGUAUGGUUGGUGUCUCUGUUUCCAUUCAUGUACUGCCAAGUAUUAACUGUUAUCUCUUUGCAAAUCA